CGGGGCCCCGCCCUGCUGCGCCUGGCCACGCCCCUCAACAUUUGCGGUGACGUGCACGGCCAGUACUACGACCUGCUGCGCAUGCUCGAGCUGGUGGGGCCGCCGCCGGAGCAGCGAUACCUGUUCCUGGGCGACUACGUGGACCGCGGCCCGCAGAGCGUCGAGGUGAUUGUGCUGCUGCUGGCGCUGCGCCUGCGCCACCCGGACUGCAUGGCCCUGCUGCGCGGCAACCACGAGAGCGCGCUGCUCAACCGGAACUACGGCUUCUACCGGGAGCUAGAGCGGCGCGGCUAUUCGCAGUCGCUGCAGAAGCGCUUCGCGGACUGCUUCAACUGCAUGCCGCUGGCCGCCGUCGUGGGCGGCCGCAUCUUCUGCUGCCACGGCGGCCUCUCGCCGGAGCUGCGCGACCUGGAGCAGAUCAACAUGCUGCCGCGGCCCGCCGACGUCCCGCGCUCCGGACUCUUCUGCGACCUGCUCUGGUCCGACCCGGAGUAUGUGGCGGGCUGGGAACCGAACGUGACGCGCGGCUGCUCGUACCUCUUCGGCCCCGAGGUGGUGGACGAGUUCCUGAGAACCCACGGCCUGGACCUGGUCUGCCGCGCCCACCAGGUGGUGGAGGAGGGCUACGAGUUCUUCGCGCGCCGGGGGCUCGUCACCAUCUUCUCGGCGCCCAACUACUCCAAGAAUUGGUGCUGCAACUCGGGCGUGGUGAUGAACGUCAGCCCCGAGCUCGUCUGCUCCUUCGUCGUCUUCAAGGAGGAUAGGUCAAGUCCGGACGGGGCGACCUCUCAUUAGUGCGACGGCGAGGCAGGGCUUCCGGCGGCAAAGUACCG